AAUCCAAACUGAGAGGAGCUCAUGUCAACUUUAUGUUUUGACCACGACUGUGUUCUUGUUCCUGCCUGUUGAUGUGUGACGGCAGGACCGAGCACAGACCUGAUCUCUUUUCCCUAUUGUCUGGAUAGCUUGAUUCUUUAGUCAGGACAGCUCUGAUUCUCUUCAGCCCUGUCUUUUCACAUAUUAUGCCGUACUAAAUGGGGGGCUGCGAUGCCCCCUACAGAGGAGCCACCUGUCAUCAUGUCUAACUCUGCUUUCCGCGGUUGCCGCACUAUCUCGCAGCACCUGAACGACCUGAAGAAGGAGAACUUCAGCCUGAAGCUCAGGAUCUACUUCCUGGAGGAGAAGAUCCAGCAGAAGUUUGAGGAGAGCAGCGAUGAUGUGCACAAGAGGAACAUCGAGCUGAAGGUUGAAGUGGAGAGUUUGAAAAACGAACUUGAGGAGAAACAACAGCUUCUGGACAAAGCGCUGUCGACGGCAGAGAGCCUGUCCAAUCAGAAUGAAGCAGAGCUGCAGCGUCGCCUGGCGGAGCGACAGGAAGAGAUCAGCCACAUGCAGGAAAUCCUCGAAACCAAAGUUCAGCUGCUACAAGAGGAGGCCUUGCUGGCCCGAGACGAGGCUGAGCGGAUGGCCUCGCUGGCGGACUCUGAGGCUCAGCGCUGCCUGGCUCUGGAGAGAGAGAUGUUGGAGAGGAUGGAGAGAGUGGAGGCUCAGACGGACUGCUCACCCAGCAGGCCCUGGCCGACAAAGACGGGUGAUCGAGGAGUUGACGCAGCAGAAACAUUCAUGGAGCUCCGGGUCGAGGAGCUUCAG